AUGCCUCCGAACAGUCUGUCCCAACCACAGAAACCGCGGCACAUUACCGCCUCCACCCACACGCUGGCCGCGCGUCUCACGCACAACACGGUGGAGCGUGUUACUGUAGGCAACACGCCUUUGCACAUGCUUCAUCUCUGCGAUGUGCAAUGCGUGGCCCCACUCUUUGCCUCGUGUGUGUCGCUCACCGCCAUGACGAUUCACCUGAAGUACAUGGCGUCGUCGACGGCGCUGGAGUUGCUGCUGUGCGCGGCGGCAACGUCCCCGACUCUGAAACACAUCUCUGUGAUGGGUGGGGUGACUUUGAUGGAGGCAUCCGCCAUGGCAUCUGGGAUUGCCGCCUUCACGUGGGAUAAAAGGGUGGGCGGGCAAAGAGUGUCGUCUGCUGACGCCACUCCUGAAUCACCGCUUCCGCGCACAGUUCGCCGUGUGCCGUCCGCGCGGGAGGGCCGUCAUUUCGCCAGCAGAGGGCACGGGGAGCGAGAAGAUGCGUGCCGGCGUCGGUGUCUGAACUCUGACCGAUCAGCGGCUUUUUCUCCGUAUGCGGGCACUCCUCCUCCCACGCAUCUGCGACGGCAACCGUGCACGAACAAUGAGCGUGGCGCGCUACGGCCGACAAGCACGUCUUCACGUUCUACGCAAUCGCGACUGCGAGCGGGUGCUGCGAUGUGGCCAGUGCCCUACGCAGUCUCGCCGGUGGUCGCACUGGUUUCGCAUCGGACAUCACCGGCAUUAUCUCCGGGCUUUCUGCGUACCCCUCCCCACGCGAGCCUACUCUCUGCUCAUCAUAUUGAAGGCGGUAUUUGCCUCACUCUUGAGCUACACAGGCUAUCGGAGGCUACAGCGACGCUGCUCUUGGACGGAUUGCGCAGAGCUCAUCGGAUCAUCUCUGCUGAAGUGCGACUGUGCGUGGCGACUGCGGAGGCGCGGCACGCAGGACAGCGUCUGGCCCAGGAGGCAAAGAAAGUAGCGGCGCACCAUCGCCAGCGGCGAUUACUACUAAUGACGCCGCCCACGCCGAAGAGCUGCCCUCUGCAGGCGAGAGCAAAGGCGCAAAACGUAAGUGCUUGCCAUCGACGGUCACCGUACACCAGCGGUCUGCGGGUCUCUCCCAGAGCGGGCUUGUGCACCCCAUCCUCACCUCCGCAGCGUCCUCUUGCAUCGCCGUGGCCAGCGACGCCAGUAGAGCCGGAUGCCGGAAGCAAUGGUCAUGGAAGACGCAGAACUCUGCUCUCCGUAGAGGCACUUGGCUCACGCCAGCGGACAGCGAGGCGCCACGAGCAACGCCUUACACCAAGGUCUGCAGCAGCAGGUGGUAUAUUCCCCCGGGAAGAUAGCGGCACCUCUGUGCAGCCGCACACCCCUCUGACACCGCUGCCAUCUUCUAUGGCUGGGGGAGGUGCAACGAUGAGGGCUCAGCGUCCGGUUCUCUCCGCCAAUGAGCGGGUGACUGCCCAGCCUAGUCAGUCCGACGCUUUACGCCGUCGAGGUCGGCACGCUUCUCCUCCACCCGCGCGAGUCUGUGCAAACACCCUUUCCCGUCCUGUGUCCCCGAAUCGGCGUCUCAAGCAGGUUGGUCGGCUCUACAGCCCCCCGCGAUGGGCAAGUCGUGCACAGCCGCUUACCAACGGUCCCGCACCUCCUCCACUGCCACUCUCAAAGGUCGCGCUCUGCCCUACGCCCCAAGGCGCUUCCACGCGGAACACUUUAUCGCCUACCGGAUGGAGGCUUAAGCAUCACGCAUCCUCGACAUCAUCGUGGUCUUCAUGGUCGUCGCGGUCGUCGUCGCCACUUCCGCGGCCUCCGCAGCCGUCGCCGCGCCGAGCCACCGAGUCCUUCGCGCACUUAGUGGUUCGGAAGCAGGCAACUCCAGAUGAGGAGGCGGAGCACGCCAAGCGGCUAGCUCAGCGAGCACCUCCGGACGCUGUUUCGGCGUUCCUCAACCGGCGCGGUCUCUGCCGGCUUUCCCCCUUUUCUGCUCGCCAACCGCACUCACCUCCGUCCUAUUCUGACCUCCUUUGCUCUCCGAGGUACUGUCUUCGGCGCGGGAGUGACGGCUUGGGUGACGAGGCAGGGCAGCGCGGCAUCCCUCCCCCUCAGACGCCACCUCACUCUUUUUCCUCCCGGUGCUCCUGCUUUGUGUGUCAUUCUCAGCUGCCGAGAUCUCCGGGGACAAACACGCGGCAGGCGCCCCGUCCGGCAACCCCAGCGAACUUGGAGGACGCGAUUCUGGCUCUUGCGGCUUCCGUGGCUCGUGCACCACGACCACGUUCGUCACCGCCCUUUCCGUGCUCUCCACCCUCAGCACCGUCCUCGUUGGCAUCGCCGCCGCCACCACCGGCAGAGGUGGCGGCGGCUUGCAGCUCACGUCGACCACAUAAGCACGACACGAUUUCUGCACGCGAAGGCCGGGGUGCUGGCGAUGUCACCCCUACGACGUACUCGGCAGCGACGUCGGUGAACGGUAUCACACCGCCACGAAGACAGAGCGGAGGAGAACGAGAGAUCGAUAAUGCCACCGCCUUUCACAAGGCCGCGAUUUCGGCGUCGUCGUCGUCGUCGCGCACCUCCCGCAGUAUUCACACGGCAACAGACAGCGUACACCGAUCACUGAAUAUGGACCUUGGAGAAGGCGACCAUGCCGGGGCUCGACACAGUAGUGCAUGCGGACGGAUGGAGCCCGCAGUGACCCGAUGCGAAGGAUCACACUUGCAGGUUUCACACACCCAGCUGCCCUCGUCUCUGCCGCUGCAGACCCCUGAGCAUCAGCAGCAGCAACGUGACGAGGAGGUGGGCUACGUAGUGUACCCGAACUCUGUGGCUUUCCUGCGCGCGCGUGUGAAGGAAAUCAACAGGCAUGUUGUGUGGCACCAGAUUCAGUCUGCUAAGGCCGUGGAGGCGCACUCGAGGCAUCUGGCGGAGCUGGAGGUGACGUUCUCUGACCGAGUCACGGAGGGGCUUACAGAUAUCUUGAUGGUGCUCACCGACAUGGAACACGGGUCUCGCAUCGAUGGCCGACGCUGA